CCCGUAUGUGUAUUUCCCGUGUGGAAGACCCGUAAAAUGCCCCUGAAUCUCCCGGUGUCUGUCUGUCUGUCUUCCGUUCACGCGCUGGACUCUCCCCCCGAACGACUUCUUUUGACGGUUUUCCAGUGAGACAUCAUGAGCGAUACGGGCAAGGACACAGCGGCUCCUAAAGAGAAAGAUGGAGCAGAGAAGAGAGGACGCGGAAGACCACGGAAACAUCCACAACAGGAACCCAGUGGAUCUCCAACGCCGAAGAGACCGAGAGGAAGACCAAAGGGCAGCAAAAAUAAGCCAAGCGCCGCAGCAUCUAAAGCCAAAAGAGCAGCUCCGGCGUCUGCACCUGCAGGGAUGAAGCGGCGUGGAAGACCUAAGAAAGCAGAGAAGGAGGAGCCAUCCAAGUCCUCUGAGGAGGAGGAGGAGGAGGAGGAGGAGGAGGAGGAAGAAGAGGAACAGUAACUAGCAAAUCCUGCUACCUCACAAACCGGCAUGAUUUCUUCCUGUUGACCAGAGCUGGACUGACACCCCAUCCCUCACACUAAUGCCACCAACCCCCGGUUCACUUUUACUCUCCAGUGCCCCCUAGUGUCAGGGAGGCCUGCACACUUCAUGCGCCUUCUCUGUGUAACACCACUGGAUAAGACUCAAAAUACUGUACGUCUAUUCUUGGAUGCACGCACACGUGUGUGUGUGUACAUGUCUCGCACUCAAUGGGUAAUUGGUUGAAACGUUCUGUCAAUAUACUGGACAAAGAUAUGCUCUGAUGGUGCCUGACACGAAGCGAUUGCUGAAUACUGUAUCAGGCCACACAUUUACGUUAGUUUUUACCUGUCAUCAUCAAAGACGUGGUGGAUUGUGUGAUAUUCGUAUCGUUGUGUACUGGACAAAGGUGAAUUGACCUACUCGUUUGUUUUUAUUUCGCUUGCGUGUGUGAUAACUCAACGUCUCCAGUUAUACUUUUAGCUACUUUGUCAUUCAAGCUAGAAAUAAAAUUGAGCAUAUUUGUGAGUGAUAGCUUAGAUGAUUUUUAACUCCUCGUAAUCGAUGUAUCAUUUGAUGUUUUUCCUUGUGUACCUCUUUUUUUAUUUUGUAUCACUGAGUCCAUAAUUCCCGAACAAUUGACCGGCAUGCCAGUGUUAUGUUGUCCGUUUCCCUAAAGUGCACACGCUAGGGGAGCCUAUGGUUUAGCCAUGUGUAAGCUAGCUGUUUUUAAUGAUGGCGAUUGGUUUUUAAUUGAGACAUUUUAAAAGGCCGCCGGGGAAUGAGCAAACUUGAGUUCGGUUUAAACUUGCCGGGGAAGUCCCAAAAGCGCUGAGCUCCUGAGAUGUGAAUGUUUAGAUUGAAGACUUUGCUAGAUCAUUCCACAUGCUCUUCAUUUCCUCUGAAACCUCCCAGCCGUGUUACUUCUCCACCUAUGGUCCACUCAGAUAGCUUUGAUAGUUCAGCUGUAGUGUAACCUCUUUGUUUUGUGCUUUUUUCGACGUGUUAAAUUCCAUGUCAGGGAACGCUGAUCGGUCCAGUGACUGGGUCUCCUCUCAGAACUUAAUGCUGCUACAAACAUGGUUAAUUAAACCCGGAAUACUGCAACCAGGUCAGUUCUACUCUGGACUUGACCGUCACAUUCAUACCUCACUGUACUCUACUCUUAUCUGACGACGUUCAGCCGGUCUCAGCGUAGCCUUUGGCAAGAGCUUUUUUUUUUAUUGCAGUGUCUUGAUCCAGUCAUGGCAAUUUCCAUAUGGUUUUUAGUUUGUCUUAUGGGUUUUAACUGAAUUUGCUCACAGCUGUGCGCACAUUUAAUAAACAGUAACUGUUGGUUAAUUAUUUUAUACAUAAACAUCUGGACACGCCACAGGAAUUACUGCAUUGUGUCUGAAAGAUGCAUGACAUGUUCGCAGACUGUGGUAGAGACUUAUAGGUUCUGUGUAUGUGUUUUUGUUAAACUUGUGUUUUGUAUACAUAAUGGUUUGGUGCACUGAAUUGAUUUGAUGAUAUCAUGGAAAAUAGUUGUCGCACCUAAAGGCUCGUUUUUUUUUUAUCUCGGUAAUAAACUACAUCCUACUAGUUGCUUAGGUCUGAGCCCCCAUUGAGUAAACCGUGAUGGUACUACGGCUGUUUGACGCAAUGAUUUUAAACAUGUGCCCUCAAUACUGAUUUCUUGUUUUUGAUGUGCUUGUGCACAGAACUGGUUUGGGAUCAGUCUUUUCAAUGUAUACACUCUGCAUUUUCUAUUGUGGACUGCAGGAAUUUAUAUGAAAAAUGAUAAUAAACUUACAGAUUCGUACAUAA